GGGCGGAGACUGACUGGGCCAGAACAGAGGGAUUGGAACAGAAAAAGAGGGUGGGGCCAGUGGGCUCCACCUACCUGCUCCGGCCCUUCCCCCAACCCCCACCCCAUCUACUUUCUGCAGUCUGUGGAGACAGGUGAGCGACGAACUCCUGAGACAGGUGUGGGUGUGAGGGUCGGGAGGGUCAUGGGAUUGGGACCGAGGUGUGAGGAGGGAAUCUGCAAUUCCUUGCUACACAGAGCGCUGGCAACUUCUGACAGGCUGUUUUUGGGGUAUGGGCUGCCUCGGGUUGUUGCUGUUACAAGGAAAAAGGGUUCCCCUGCCUACCGCCUCCCAGCCACUGGGCUAAUUCCUGGCAGGAAACUUGCAAACUAAGUUUAACGAGUUAGGAUCAGCAGAGGGUAGAGGAAGGCCCUGGCCGAUGUGGGGUUUAUCUAGAAGAGGACAGGAGCUAUCAGGGCCUCUGGCCACUGUGCUGGGCUUUUGCCUGUACAAUUGUUUCUCAAGCAGUCGUGUCCCUGUGGCUUUGGUGCGCCUGUGUGCACUUUCUCCCUCCACCUGGAAAAUGGGCUGACACCGGAGGAAAGGAAAAGACAGAGUCAGACAGGGUAAGUGGGGGUCCCUCCCCUCUUCUCUAACAGGGCUGGAUUGAGGGCCUCUGGCUGGGGAGGUUGGGGGUGGAGAUCCAGGAGCAGUAACAGAGGAAGGGCAGGGCCUGCCCCAUCACCUGAAUUCCAGAGAUGCCAGUGUGCACUGAAGCCCCAGGCAGGGCGUGCCCAGGACCGGAUCCUGGAUGGUGGUGAGGGACAGAGCUGGAAGGGAGACUACAGGGAAGGAUAAAGGAAAGAAGGCAGAGCCAUGACACAGUCAACUUACAGAAUGGCUGUGAGUCAAGGCUCCUGGGCUGGUUUCCUGGCUAUUCCACACACGCCAAGACCUAGAGAGCUGGAAGGGCCUCCACAGAUUAUUUGAUUUGAGAUUGAAGGACCUAGAAACCAAACAAGGAAAUAUCAUAUGGUUACUUUGGUAUCUGACACAGCCAUGACACCAAUUCCUAGUGUAGACACAAUAGCUGUGUGUCUUUUUGCAGGAGCCUGGGGAGGGGCCAUGGUGCCAAUGCACUUAUUGGGGAGACUGGAAAAGCCGCUUCUGCUCCUGUGCUGCGCCUCCUUCCUACUGGGGCUGGCUUUGCUGGGCAUAAAGACGGACAUCACCCCUGUUGCUUAUUUCUUUCUCACAUUGGGUGGCUUCCUCUUGUUUGCCUAUCUCCUGGUCCGGUUUCUGGAAUGCGGGCUUCGGUCCCAGCUCCAAUCAAUGCAGACUGAGAGCCCAGGGCCCUCAGGCAAUGCGCGGGACAAUGAAGCCUUUGAAGUGCCAGUCUAUGAAGAGGCCGUGGUGGGACUGGAGUCCCAGUGCCGCCCCCAAGAGUUGGACCAACCACCCCCCUACAGCACUGUUGUGAUACCCCCAGCACCUGAGGAUGAACAACCUAGCCAUCCAGAGGGGUCCAGGAGAGCCGGACUGGAACAGAGGCGAAUGGCCUCAGAGACUAUGGCCCAGGAAGGAAGCCCUGGAAGAGCUCCAAUCAGCCUUCGGCUUCGGGGACCACGGGCUGUGUCCACUGCUCCUGAUCUGCAGAGCUUGGGGACACUCCCCAGAUUAGAGCCUCUGACUCCACCCCCUGCCUAUGACGUCUGCUUUGGUCAACCUGAUGAUGAUAGUGUUUUUUGUGAAGACAACUGGGCACCCCCUUAAAUGACUCUCCCAAGAUUUCUCUUCUGUCCACACCAGACCUCAUUCAUUUGACCAACAUUUUCCAGUGCCUACUAUGUGUCAGAAACAGUGUUUCUGGCUGAAUAUCAUAAAUGGGGACUUGGACCCUGAGGAAAGUCAGGCCACGGUAAGCCCUUCCCAGCUGAAAUGUGGGUGGCAUAAUUUGAGUCUUCUGGCAACAUUUGGUGACCUACCCCAUAUCCAGUAUUUCCAGCGUUAAAUUGAGGAUGAGGUAGGGAGGUGAUCCAGAGAAGGUGAAGAAGGAAGACAUAACCUCUGAGUGGCGGCUAUUGCUUCUGUUCCAGGUGCUGUUCGAGCUGUUAGAUCCCUUAGGCUUGCCAGCUUUGUGAGUUAUUAUUGAAAAAUGAGGAUUCCAAGAGUCAGAGGAGUUUGAUAAUGUGCACGAGGGCACACUGCUAGUAAAUAACACUAACUCCUGAUCCCAAAGCCUAUUGUGUUUUCAACACGAGGUAAUAGGAAGCCAAGCCACGUGCAUGUCUCCCAAUCCCUGUCUAGGGACAGCUGCUGGUGCAGGGUGGAAGACUUCCUAUAAACAGAAUGGGGGACCAAUUGUGUCUACAGAGGGGGUGGGCUGAGCAUGGGCACGCAUGUCCCCAGCCUCCUGGACGAGCAAACUCAGUCAACGCUCUGGUGAUCCCUGCUCCGCAUGGGUAGCAGUGUCUGUGCCUCUCCUGCCCAGGUGCUAGAGAGCAGUCCCCAGUGCAGGGUGCCCAAUGUAUUUGAAAACAGUGGAGUCAGUGGCCCUAGGUGGAGGGUGGGUAUGAAGGCCAGAAAGAGUGAAACAUGUGAGCUUUCUGGCCAGGAGAUUCCCUCUUGAAUCAUCCAUAUGAAGCCCUGGGGCCACUUGCAAAGCGUCUCUAAUAGCUUCUUCCUCACUCCUGCGCUCUGACCGCUAGACUUUCACCUCAGCCGCCGGACCGGAUUCCUGAGAUCCCAAUAUUGAGUACCAGGUUUCCUGGAAUUGUGUGCCGCGGCUGUGAUGUAGGUUUCGGUCGCAGGAAGCUGCUAAACCAUAGCUGACGCCCCCUCCUAAGCCAGUCUUCCUUUCCCGCGCGGGUAUCUGUCCAGCACCUUGUCGCGCUGUCAGUCUCCUCCGCAGCCUGGCCCCAACCGUUCAACUUCAAUAAAGCAAAACUGCAGCCACA